ACACUGUAAUCCGGAGGACAGUGAACGAGGUUUAUUUAAAAAAAGGGGGGAGAUUUUUUAGGAGUGUGCUCCCUCUCACUCCUGUUCACUGUCCUCCGGAUUCCUGCAGGACUCCAGUGUCGCGGAGAGCCCAUGCACAAUUGAAUGUGUCUACUUUUACUACCAGAUGUGCUGUCACGAUUACGUCACUUCCGCCGAUCUAGCACUAACCCCACAACGGACCUAACGAACCAUCAUUCAAAAUCUGAACCAUGGGGCCGACAGAUGAGGCGGUGAAUGGCAGCCAGAUCCCGGUCUGCUCCGAGAACCGUCUGCGUUGGGACCUGAGCACCGAGCAGAUCCAGCAGCUCACCGACAAACUCAUUGCCAACACCAAGGAGGUGUACGAUGGCGUGGGAGCGCUGGACAUCGACAGUGUCACCGUCGAGAACACGCUCAAGGCCCUCGCUGACGUGGAGGUGGAAUACACCGGUCAGUGUCCACCAAUCGGCAGCGUUUCUCUCCUGAUGCUAAAUAUGUGUACAGAUGAUGGUCAUCUCUUUUCAUAUCCAAAAAGCUAAAGUUAUUUAGAAUAU